UAUAACUAGCAUAGCUGCAGGAUGCAAUAUUUGCUCAUCCUUUUAGUCAUUGGAGUCGGCAGGUGUGAGGAGGGAGAUGCUACGUACAGUUUUGAGUACAGGGUGAAGGAUGAGCACAGUGGACAAGAUUUUGGACAAGAAGAAUCAAGGUCUGGUUACAAUACAAUCGGUGAAUAUGAGGUUCAGCUACCUGACGGCAGAAGACAGAUUGUCCGUUACACGGUCACUGAUCCGCAGAGUGGGUAUGUAGUUGAUGUGUCAUAUGAGGGUGAGGCAGAAUUUAAGGAUCAAGGUCCCCCACUUACUGGACAAUCAUCAUUUUCUCCAAUUAGAAACAAACCUAUAGCUCCUGUUGUUGUAUCCACCAGACCACAUUCAGAAAUAGAUCACAGACUUUUUAGGCCUGCUGAAAGUGUGCGAUCUGAGAAAAGGUUUUUGCCUAGAGCCCCUGUACAUAGACCGGCACAUAAACCUGUACAUAAACCUGAAGUUAAACCUGUACAUAAUAAGAUGAUCCACCAGUACAAGGAAGUAGGUACCACGACUUCAGGACCCUAUCCUCAACCCGCAGUUUAUAUCCCUUCAUACAACAGUGUGAAGUUUCCUGAUUACAAAAAUAAAAUGCAUCUUGGAGAGAGUAAAAUAUUGUAUUCUCUCUUCAGAGAGGAUAUUAAGGACGUAAUGAUCCCAGCUUCUGGUGAAAUAAAAGCUCACAAAUCAAAUGACGAUGCGGAAAAGCAUUCUUAAAGCUUAUGGUCUCUCUUGAAUGAACAAGACUGUGGGAAAGCUGAAAAAAGUUCUCUUAACUACACUUCUCACACUGUUAAAAGAACAUUUUUUAAUAAUUCCGAACUGAUUAAUCGGGAGGUCGGUUGUGUACAUCUUUUUUUCUAUAUGUAAAGUGUACACCUAAAAAAAGAAUGAAAUAUUUUUUUUUCAUUAUUUAUUGACAUAACAAUUUGUGUGUCGUGAAAAAAAAACUUGACUAGAAUUAUUAUUUAUUUAUCUAUUUAUUAAAUUAUUACUUUUUAGAAUUAUUUUGUAAUGAUCUGAAGUUAAUUUUUCGGUCAAUGUUAUAAUGUUCAUCUUAUUUUUAAUAUUAUUAUCAUAAGAUUUUCAAAUUGUUUUUAACUUGACGGGACAACGUCGUAUUUUCCUGUUUACAGAGAUCUAUGCCCAAUUCACAACGGUACCCUAUAUAUCUUUAUAAAAUCACGAAUGUGGAAUGUGGGAAUUGUUUUUCUGGAUUUAAAAUUGGCUUAUUUUGACAAUUUCCUCCUUGAGAGGAAGAAAUGCGCAAAUCGCUUUAAAGAGCAACAACAACUUUAACCAGUUUAUUUUUUAAGGGACCGUUCAUUGGUAAAAUAAACAGCUUAUACGCUAUUAAUUGAUAUUAGUCUUUCUUUUAAAAGACAACUGUGGCCGGAGAAAAAGCCGAUUUUUCGUCUAGAAUUCAAGCGCAAAGGGAAAAGGGCAAAUAUGCUGUUUAGUUUACUAUGAAAUUACCCAAAUAAGUGAACGGUCCCUUUAAAGAGAGGCUGAUGAUAUAUUCUAGACAAAGGUAUCGGGGAUAUGGUCGUGAAUCAGUCAGGCCACUAUUUAAAUGGAAAUACACUUUCGAAUACAUGUGUACAGUCUCUUUAUUUCUAAACUUUGUUAAUAUACAGGGUUACCCACAAAUAAUAAGACUGUAAAGACGACCCAAAACUUAAAAAAGCUUGAAUUUUGAUGAUUUACUAAAAGAUUAAGCACGAAAUAAGUCAGUUUUAGCCUACCAGGAACCCUGAAUGCAAAAAACGGACUAAACAAAUUUCUUGGAAUCGUCUCUGAAGUCUCAUCCUUUGUGGGUAACCCUGCACUGUCCGUCUAGUCAAUAUGUACAUUUGAUUUAUAGUAAAUAUAAAUAU